AUGCUUUCUACCUCUGCAGCGAUGUGGCUUCUGGCUGUAUUGUGCAGUGAGAUUCCAAAAGCGCUGGCUCAAGAUGCAGAGGGCUGGUACAAGACUCAUCCAAGUAUGGCCCGGAUCAAGCAUGUGAACCAGGAUACUCAUCAGAUCGUUGACGAGUAUGGAAGAACUAGGUUCUUUCACGGAACAAACGUUGUUAUGAAAGAGGAACCAUGGUACAGGCCGUUUGAGUGGACUCCGGGUGUCUCGUCAUUCGGCGAGCGAGAUGUUCAAAAUAUGCAUGAUUUGGGCCUGAACAUUGUCCGUCUUGGUCAUAGCUGGGCUGGCGCGGAGCCAGUUCGCGGCGAGUACAACCAGACCUUCUUGGAUAUCAUGAAGAAGCAGACGAAACUGGCAGAAGACCAUGGUAUUUAUGUGCUGGUGGACGUGCACCAAGAUGUACUGGCUAAACAACUUUGUGGUCAUGGCGUACCUGAUUGGUUCGUUAAGAAGGACUGGAUCACGGUCGGAAAUGCGUUCGGGAGACUUUACAAUAACUUCGACGGUCUGGGAGACGCUUUCGCCGCUUACUGGAAGAAACUGGCGUCAGAGUAUGUCGACACCACUAAUAUCGUGGGGUACAAUCUUCUUAACGAACCCUGGGUUGGCGACACAUACGCCGAUCCUACACUUCUCGUACCAGGAGUUGCUGAUCGCAAGAAUAUGGAAGGACUUUGGAACAGAGCAACGAAACAGAUCCGUACCGUUGACAAUGAUACACUUAUCUGGUUCGAGGGCGCUACCUUUGACGUUCUUUCUGGCUUCAAUAACGUGCCUCUCGGCGACGGGUCCAAGACAGUACAUUCAUUCCACUACUAUAACCCACCGCAGCUGGGUCCGCUAAAGGAUACACUCUACAAUCGACAAAAAGAUAAUGUUCGUCUCAAGACCGCUGGUGUCCUCACAGAGCUGACGUUCUGGAUGGGCGAUGAUAAGCAGAUGGCUGGCCUUACGGAAGCCAUGGCAGCAACUGAUGCAAACAUGGUAUCUUGGAUUGGGUGGGCAUACGAGAAUCUGUAUAACGGAACAUCGGGCAAGCCAUAUCCAGAGCUGGAGAAGCACUACGGUCGUGCGUAUCCGGCUGCGAUCGCGGGGACGCCUACUUCGUUUGGGUUUGACGAGACCUCGGGUAUCUUCAAGUUGAACUUCACCAGCGAGCCUAACAUCGAUGCACCGACUGAGAUCAUUCUUCCUACUUCUACGUUUCCGAAUGGGUACGAGCUUCGAGUCCUACCUAGUGGCAGUCUGUUGCAAUACAAGCCCGACGAUCGCACACUGGCCUUGUUCACGUCCAAGGAUCUCAAAGAGGAAACAGUGAUAUCUGUUGAGAUUUCCCGCAAACUUGAUUUCUAA